GUGGUUGCUUUUUUCAAUGCAAAUGGACACUAUAUUAAGGACCUUUCUCCAGUCUUACCAUCAGUGAAAAAAUGGCAGCACCAAACCCCAUUAAUAAAACAGAAGAGGAAUGGAAGGUGAUUCUCUCCCCCGAACAGUUUCGGAUCCUUCGCACGAAAGGAACGGAAAAGAAGGGUACAGGAGAAUAUGACAAACUUUAUGAAGAAGGAGUUUACAAUUGUGCUGGCUGUGGAACACCUCUUUACAAGUCUUCAACAAAGUUUGAUUCUGGUUGUGGCUGGCCUUCUUUCUAUGAGGGUUUUCCUGGAGCCAUCAAUCGAUCUCCUGACCCAGAUGGGAGGAGGACAGAGAUAACUUGUGCAGGCUGUGGUGGACACUUGGGUCAUGUUACGAAAGGGGAGGGAUACAAGACCCCAACUGAUGAACGCCACUGUGUAAACAGUAUUUCUGUUAAAUUUGUUCCUGGGAAUGCUUCUACUUCAAUAUGAAACCUUCUUCAAAUAUUGCUGGCUAGCUUAGCCCAGUGACUAAAAGCUUGAAUAACUGAGCAUGCAUGCACUGCAGUUCUCAAACCAAUAAAAUGCUGUUUUCUUUUAGUCUUCUACAUGUCUUUCUGUUUCACCCAUUUGGUAGGUCUUCUCAUGAAUGAUAUGUAUCAAGCUUUCGAAA